AUGCCAUCCUUUUGUGCAGCCUACGGAUGCUCCAAUACCCGUUGUCUCGAAACGAGAACCCGUGGGAUCACCUUUCACCAGUUUCCCAAAACCGGAGAGAGGAGGAGGAUGUGGGAGGUUGCCCUAAGAAGGGACCGUUUCGCUGCCUCUGACCGUACAACGCUCUGCAGUGAGCACUUCAGGAGUGAGGACUUUGACAGGACAGGGCAGACUGUCCGGCUAAAAGAUGGUGUUGUGCCAACCAUUUUCAACUUUCCAGCUCAUCUUCACAGGUCGGUAGCAACAAGAACCACAACCACUUCUAGAAGGGCGGAUGACAACCUGCCAAUGGACUUGAUGCCUGAUGUUGGAGCCACUGGAGAGAGGAGAUUGGAGUGCAAGCGGCAGGCCACUGACCACUUAUAUGCAUUGCCUGCUUCCCCUAAGGCUAUAAAGGCCAAACUUGAAGAAGCCUCAGCGAGAGUGAGGAAACUGCAGCGGGAGAAGACUAAUGCCUUUAGGAGAGAAAAUAGGGCCAAGAACAACAUGCAGGCUCUUCUGGAGAAACUGAAGGAGAAAAAUCUUUAUAUAUAA